AUCUAAAACACUGUCAAGUGUCAUUGUCAAAAGCGUUACAAGAAUUGAGGUUAUCUUCACCUGCCGAAAAAAAGUUAAAUAAAUAUAAUAAACCGUUCAUUGUAAUAACAAAAGACAACGUUUUGAAUAAACUAACAUGGCAAAUUCUGGAAAGGGCACUUUUCAGCGGGAUUCCGAUGUACACAUUUCAUAUGAAGACCAACAGAAAAUUAAUAAAUUUGCUCGUCUCAAUGCUAAAGUAGAUGACUUAAAAGACGAAUUAAAAGUCAAACAAAAUGAUAUGAAAAACCUAGAGGAAGCUGUUGAGGAAUUAGGCUUAGCUGAUGAUUCGGAAAAAAUACCUUAUCUUGUUGGAGAAGUUUUUAUCUGCCAAAGCUUAGAAGACACGUUGCAAUCCUUAGAAGAUAAUAAAACAAAGAAGCAAGAUGAAAUAGCUGAACUUGAAGCAAAAUGUGAUGAUUUAAAGUCUCAGAUGGCAGAAUUAAAGGCACACCUGUAUGGAAAGUUUGGCAGUCACAUCAACUUAGAAAAUGAAGAGUCCUAAAAUGUAAAUUUAGUUGAACUCGGCUUGAGUAAUUUGUUAAUGUAACACUUGAAAAGAUAAAUUAAUUUCUAACCUACUAAUCUAUAAAUUUUUAUAAGCUCUCAAAAGUUAAAGUAUUGUUUUGUUCUUACAAAUAUAUUGAACCUUCAAUAUA